AUGCUCCGCCAGCGUCAACGUCUCGUCCGGAGCACCAAUGCUCUCUACACGAGACAGUUCAGCCAGAAUGUGACACUCCGGAAUUCUUCACCAGCAGCAGCGGCUGCUGCGAAUGCCGGCGAGGACGCACGGAAUGACGGUCGGUAACCCGAUCCCAGCAACAACAUCAAAUAGAAUCGCUUCAAUACUGAUGUUUUAUGGUAAACACCAGAUCUUCCGCUGAAAGAUAGAUUCAUCGCCCUCAAAGCCAACAUUGUCGUCAAGACUUCCACCGCGCCCUCCGCGACUGCUGCUUCCAGGACCCUCUCGAAUCACUACUCCCCUUACCACGCUACCGUUACGGAGCUCCUGAUCGCCCAUGGAGCCAAUAUCCUGCCGAACGCGAAUAUGGAUGAGUUCGGAAUGGGUUCGCACUCCCAGAACUCGUGGCUGGGUCCUGUCAAGAGCCGGUUCAGGAGAGAUGGCAUGGCCCUGAGUCCAGGUGGGAGUAGUGGUGGGAGUGCGGUUCUGGUCGAGGGAGGCUUGGUCUGGGGUGCGGUUGGGACAGAUACCGGCGGCAGUGUGAGGUUACCUGCGGCUUGGAAUGGUGUGUGCGGGUUCAAGCCGAGUUAUGGCAGGGUCAGCCGGUGGGGCGUUAUCCAGUACGCGAAUUCUCUGGACACGGUCGGUGUGCUGUCGAAAGGUGUCGCGGGUUGCAAGACUAUGUUCGGACUACUGGAUCGAUUCGAUGAGAGGGAUCCAACGUCCCUACCGGAGCGAGUGCGGAAUCGCUUCACCACGAACGAAAGGAAACAGGAAGGGAGACUGAGGAUCGGGAUUCCUCUGGAAUACAACAUCUCUUCCCUCUCCGCAGCCGUCAAAUCCACAUACACCAGCCUCCUCAACACGCUGCAGGACGCCGGCCAUACUCUUAUCCCGGUCUCCCUCCCUUCGACCAAGAGUGCUCUGUCGGCCUACUACAUCCUCGCUCCCGCCGAGGCAUCCUCAAAUCUAGCCAAAUACGACGGAAUCCGCUACGGUCAUCGAACCUCUCCCGGCCCAGACGCGAGCCCCAAUGCCGACCCGGCCUUGCCUCUCUACGCUCAAACUCGCAGCGAGAGUUUCGGCGACGAAGUCAAACGACGCAUCUUACUAGGGGCGUAUACGCUCUCGUCCGAAGCCAUGGAUAAUUAUUUCAUCCAAGCGCAGAAGAUUCGUCGCUUGGUCCAGCGAGACUUUGAUCGGGUUUUCAGCACACCGAAUCCUCUUCUCGAUCAUCAUGAACAUUUCCCGGGAGAAGAGAGCAAUGAAGUGGAUUUCCUCCUAACACCGACUGCCCCCACGCUCCCGCCCACAAUCCAAGACCUCAGCCAGCAGACUCCAGUUGAAAGCUACAUGAAUGACGUCUUCACCGUUCCGGCGAGCCUAGCGGGAUUGCCGGCCAUCUCGAUCCCGGUACCGCUGUCGAAGGAUGUCAGGAAGGAAAUGGACGAGGAAGACAUCAAGUCGUCGGGAAUGCAACUUAUCGGACAAUUCGGAGAUGACGAGGAGGUUCUUGCCGCCGCAGAGGAAGUGGAAAGACUCGUAAGAUGCGAUACAUAG